AUGCCUCUAACAACACCGGUCUUGACGGUGGACGCGGAUAAUAUUCACAAGGUGGAUACCGCAAAUGCGCAGUCGCUUCAUGGAAUGUGGAUGGUAUUCUCAAAAUGUGCCGACUACAUGGACCAAGGGCGACGCCUGGAGAACUUGAGCUGGCGCCUUUGGACUCGCGAAACCUUUUGUGUCGAACACGAAAAAUCAAAGUCAAAGAACACUACCAUCCUGCCGAAACUGCGCUCCGAGGCGGCUGAUCUUCCGGAGCUCUCCGCAAGUAUAGAGUCGGCCGCGUCCGACCAAGCCGAACGCAUCGAAGCACACAUCAAGCGACCUCAAUUCUCAGACUACCGACCUGCCGUCGUCCGUGAAGAUUCCCUGGCCAGCCUGGGUCGUGGCAAGGAGAAGCACAUCACCUCGCUGGACCUGGAGCGCAUGGUCCUGAACAUCAAAGAGCGGAAACAGUUGCAGCCACUGACCCCCGUGGUCCAGCCUGCUGCCCCCGUUGUCGACAUCACCCCCCGACCCUCCACUCCCACUCCCACUCCUCCCUCCGUCUCUACUGCUCGACAAGUCCCAACCUUCCCUCGCCCUACCCCGCAACCCUUUCAGUCGACCGAGUCUUGCUCCACCACUGCCCCCGAAGGCAACGAUAGUGACUCGACCAAUGCCACUGCAUCUGAUACCAGCGUCUCUUCCUCGGGGGUUCUCCCCAGUCGAGCUGAGAUGAUCAAGUCCCCCAGCAUUGUCCGCGGUUUCUCACCCUCGCACAUCUCGUCCUCGUUCCGAUCGCACACCAACCUGGCGGCCAACUCGAGUCCCUCCGGUGCCACUGUUCAGCAGCUCAAGCCUUCCCCUUUUAAGAAGAAGGGUGGCAUGUUUACUCUGGGCGGAUCUUCUGGUGACGAUGAUGAAAGCUCGUUUGAAGACCGCAUGGGCCCCAAGGCUCCGCAGAAUAACCCGACCGUUGGUGGACUGAAGCCGGCAACCAGCAACCCCAGCCCAUCCAAGAAGGUGGCCUCCUUUAGCGAUCACGUCGAUACGAUCCGACCGUCGAAAAGCCCCCUUCCCUCCGAUGAGGACGCCAUCGAAACGGACGACGAGGUCUCCGAGAGUGCCAUUGAAGAUGACGAGGAUUCGGACUGGGAGGACUCAGUUACGGAAAGCGGCAAAUCGAGCGUGGACGAGCGACCGGAGCUAUUCCAGCGAGUGGAUUCGCGCCCUAACCUUGUCUCUCGCCGGUCGCUCUUGACCAUGAUGAUGCAUCAGCCAGGGCGGAUGCAAGGGAACGCGUUCCGGUCCAGUCCUGCUCUUCAGCGGUCCCGUUUGACAUCGCCCCAUGGUCCCUCCAUCCCUGCCUCGCCUCCAGAGAACGACGAGGAGAAUCUGACCAUGCGCGGUCCCGACGUUCCUCGCUCAAAGCCCAUCGUUAUGAAGCCACCCAAUCCACAAUCCGUUGCUCAUUCGCCUCGCACAACCCGCCGCAACAUGCUUGCGACCGAGUUGACCGAGUCCCUUCGCCGACACUUGCUCUGGGAGCGCCAACAGAAGAGCGCGACCGCCAAUGCCUUCCUCAAGCGCCGUCACACUGCGCACGAUGUAAAAAAUCUACAGGAGUACCCCGGACCGAGGGGACCACAUCGGCCUACGGGCGCGGCAGGCCCAUCUGCUUCCGGUGACAACCAGGCUCGCGAUAAGGACCUUUCAAAGAACGGUUCUUGGACCAACUACACGACGGACUAUGGCCCAUGGGAAUACCACGUCAAGGGCUGGUAA